GUGUCAGAAGUUAUUUUUUAGACAAUAUUUCAUCGUCAGUCCAGAACGAUACAGCGAAGGGAUAUACAUGAUGGAGAGGCAAUUCCUAUUGUAUAUGGUGUUCUUGACAAUACCACUACUGACAAUCCAAACAUGUCCUGAUGGGUACAACGAGGUUGACGGGAGGUGCUUCUUUAUCUCCGACGUGGAGAGAAGCUACGAAAACGCCAAGUACGACUGUAUGUACAGGGGUGGCUCCCUAGUUGUGAUCGACAACGCGGAAGACAGGGAAGACGCUAUGGAGGGAAGUAGUGGACCUGUGCCAUACUGGAUCAGUCCGGAAAGUGAAGAUGUGGAUUUUUACAGCGAUGUUCAGGACGAGAACUGUUACAUCUGCGAAGCCCCGCCGGAAACCUGCAAAGACUGCAAAGACUGCAAAGAAAUUCUUGAUAACAGUGCGACCACCCCCAGCGGUGUGUACAUGAUCUAUCCGGCGGAUAACCUUGGGGGAUUCCAGGUGUACUGUGACAUGGACACCGAUGGUGGUGGCUGGACGGUGUUUCAGAAGCGACAGGACGGUAGUGUCGACUUCUACCGGGUUUGGGAGGACUACAAGACUGGCUUCCCCUCCGACCUGAACGGUGAGUUCUGGUUGGGAAACGACAAACUGCACCGUCUGACGGAGCAGAAGGCCUACGGGUUGCGGGUGGACAUGGAGGAUACUGCCGGGGACACGGCCUACGCGGCUUACAGCAGCUUCAGCAUCGCAGACGAGUCUGAUAGGUACAGGAUCACCGUUGGAGGGUACAGUGGAACUGCAGGAGACAGCUUGGCAUACCAAAACGGAAUGGGGUUCAGCACCAAGGAUAACGACAAUUACCCCUACAAUUGCGCCCAGACAUACAAGGGUGCCUGGUGGUACAGAGGUUGUCACCACUCUAAUCUCAACGGCCAGUACCUUCUGGGCUUUCACGAGAGCUUUGCUGAUGGCGUCAACUGGAAGGCAUGGAAACAAUACCACGAUUCUCUAAAACGCACUGAAAUGAAAAUACGACCAGUUUAAAAUUCUGGCGCUCUCCCGUUCUGGUCAGUUCAUGCUUAUAGAUCCUUUUCAUGCUUUCCGUAGUCUUUCCAAGGCUGCCAGAUAUCCGGGAAUGUCAGAAAUGGUUACACUGGUCAUUUGCUACCUCCAGUAAGCGUUUAGCACAUUUCA